GCGUGCUGGGUCAUGGCGGCCGCCAGGCCCUGAGGACGCGGAGGGGCGGCCUGCGAGGCCAUGGCCGUGCUGCCGGCCGUCGUGGAGGAGCUCCUGAGCGAGAUGGCCGCGGUGGUGCACGGGAGCGCGCGAAUUCCUGACGAGCAUCUGUUAUCGAUGAAGUUCAUCUUUGGCUCCUCAGCCAUCCAGGCCUUGGACCUCGUGGAUCGACAGUCCGUCACCUUAAUCUCUUCUCCCAGCGGGAGGCGUGCGUACCAGGUACUUGGAAGUUCUGGUAAAACAUACACGUGCUUGGCCUCCUGCCAUUACUGCCCGUGCCCUGCCUUUGCCUUCUCGGUGGUGCGGAAGAGCGAGAGCCUGCUGUGCAAGCAUCUCCUGGCAGUGUACCUUAGUCAGGUUACGGGGACCUGCCAGCAGCUCAGCGUCUCUGACAAGCAGUUGACUGAUAUCCUGUUGACGGGGGAGGAACAAGCAGCGUAAAUGGUACCUGCUGAGCACCGCUGUCUGUCAAGAUAGAAGUCCCACCAAAGAAACGUUUUAACCCAUCACGGGUCACAUGGAAGAGAAGUGAAGUGGAUCUUCCUGGGACUCCUGCAGGAAGGGCAUGGGGGGACCCAGGUGUGAGUGAGGCUGGAAGCUUGUACGAGACUCAUGGACUGUCGGAACCAGCCUCUGAGCUGCUUGGAUGAAAAAAUAUCCCCUGGCUAGAAUCAAGGAUUUUAGGUUAAAAUAAAGCCUGCUAUGGCGUCAUGCCCA